GCGCAGUGUGACUUGGUGCAUAACAGAACUAUUCUCAUUGCUUUCACGGAGCUAUGAGAACAAGAUCUCUCUAUCCAUUGGCACCAAACUUCUUCCUCCUACAAGUGAAUUUGGAAUAGCUUAUUUUGUUUUUGGAUACUAUGGAUCCCUUUAAAGGACAAGGAGGCAUUCAGAUGCUGCUAACUGCUGAACAAGAAGCCCAACACAUUGUUUCUAAUGCAAGAAAUUUGAGGACUCAAAGGUUGAAGCAGGCAAAAGAAGAGGCAGAGAGGGAGGCAGCUCAAUACAGAACUCAUAUGGAAGAAGAAUAUCAAAAGUCAAUUUCAGAGAAUACUGGGAGCUCUGGAUCUAAUGUAAAAAGGCUUGAUCAAGAGACAGAGGCCAAGAUUAGAAAUUUAAAGAAAUCAGCAUCAAAGGUCAACACAGAAGUUGUUGACAUGCUACUCAAGUAUAUUACAAACAUCAAAACAUAAUGGCCUACGUAAUUGAUGAAGAUUGCAGCAUAAGGAGUCAUCACCAACAAUAAAAUAGGCAAAGUUAGAAGAAUGGUCUAAAGACUAAUCGAUAUCACUCUAGUGGCAUUGCAUAAAGACUUAGCUGCAAAACUAUUGCCUUCAACAAUUGUCAUUUGUCCCGAAGUGAACAAAAGCCUUUUUUUCUCUUCUCGUAUUUAAUAUAACUAUAUGCUUAAUAAUACUAUUUAUAUUAUUCAGAAUGCUUAAGAAAAUACAGACUCUUUCUUCUUCCCAUCAAAGAGGAAGUCAUCUGGA